AUGAAGGCCCUCCUCCCUCUUCUCUGCGGUGGCGCAGGCAUAGUAGCAUCCGCAUACUCACAACACCCGAGUGCCCCCGAACAACCCAAAAGCUUCUUCCGCCAAAUUGGAAACUCAACAUGGAUCCUAGGGAACGAACUCUGGAAUCUAACGCAAAACGCACAGUAUGCGACCAAAUUAAUGUAUAGAGGAAAAGAUCGUGUAGGGGAGGCCGUGGGACAUUACGUUAGUUACAACGGCGCAGCAUCCGACCUCCGCUGGACCACCGCUUCCAUCGCCGCAUCCGGGUCAAACUGGCUCGACAUACGCUUCAGCGCUGCAGAAGGCGAUUUCCACUGGGUCCUUCACGACGAUCUGGCGGGCGCAUACCAAUACUUCAUCAACCGCGGCUUGCCCACCCUCGGCGAAUUUCGGAGCCUCUGGCGCCUCUCAAACACCUCCUUCCCACGCGCCUCUACAAACACAAAAACCGGACUCUUGCCCCCCUUGUCCUUGUACCAAAACGCUACAAACGUGCAGGACGAGACGUGGCAGCAGAGCGACGGCACUUUCUUGACAAAAUACGACUGGGCUGCUUUUCUGCGCGAGCAGACGGCGUAUGGGGUGUGGGGCGAUGAGGUGGGGAGUUGGUAUUUGCAUGCGGGGAAGGAGUAUUUGAAUGGGGAUCACUUGAAGCAGGAGUUGAUGGUGCAUCGAGAGAGUAAGACGGGGGAUACGGUGCAGUUGAAUAUGCUGCACGGGACGCAUUAUCAAGCCUCAUCGCGCGAUUCGUUUGCCGCAGGCAACGAUGAGGCUAGGAUUUGGGGGCCGUGGCUGUGGUAUUUGAACGAUGGGAGUCGGCAAGAUGCUGUGGAGCGGUGGGAAAGGGAAGAGAAGGAGUGGCCGUAUGCGUGGUUCGAGAAUGCGGCGUAUCAGUCUCGAGGCGCGGUUCAGGGAAAGCUGGUGCUGAGUGAUGGACGGCCUGCGGCUGGUGCAGCGGUGUUUCUAGGCGAUAAUCGCAAUGAGACGGUGUCGACGCUGGAUCAGGGACAGAAUUAUUACUACACGGCUUACGCUGAUGAUGCGGGCGAGUUCCGUAUCCGCGACGUACGGUCCGGCACGUAUGCCUUGUAUGCGUGGGGAAACGGCAGGUCGAUUGCGGAUGUCAUAACGAACUUUACGCACAACGAUGUUGAAAUCGUAAAGGGAAAGACGACAUCGUUACCGUUACUUACUUGGUCCGUUACAGACAAGACAAAACGUAUCUUUCAAAUCGGAGAUUUCGACCGCAAAACAGAUGGGUUUUAUCUGGCAGAUCCGGCGAUUCCAGUCCAGCACGCUCGCAUAGAUAAAUGUCCGGCCAAUCUAACGUAUAUCAUCGGUACCAGCACGCCAUCAAAGGACUGGUGUUUUGGUCAAUCUAAAGUCGGGACUUGGUCGGUUUCUUUUCCGGCCUCUCUUGACAAUAGUACCGCUGCUAAACUUGUCGUAUCUCUUGCCGGCUUUUCUCAAGGAAGCAGCGCUGAUAUUUUGCUCAAUGAGGCUAAAAUCGGUAAUGUCACCAGUGCCAGCUUGGCUAAUAGCCAGGAUACGUAUCGUGGUGCUACAAGAGCCGGGGAGUGGAGACGCUUGGAGUUUGGAGUUCCACGGGGCCUGCUCAAAGAAGGGCAGAAUAGGCUAGACGUCAGGGUUACUAAAAGCACGCAGUGGAGGGGAUGGCUGUGGGACAGUCUGGUUUUGGAAGCUGUGUAG